AUGCCGAUGGAGGACUGCGGGCCGUACGUCGCCGCGGCCGCCCGGCUGCCGGAUCUCGGGACGUUCGAGAUCGAAGGGGCAGGCAAGGGGGCGCCUGACUACGGCGCCGCCCUGUCAGCCGGGCAGUGGGAAGCGCUGGAGGAGCUGCGUCUGAGCCCCGUGGGCCCCUCAGAGGCCGCGGCCCUUGCCAGCCUGGAGAUGCCAAGCCUCGAGUCCCUCGCCCUCUGGGAUGCCUCGCGCCUCAGCGAGCCCGUCGCCGGGGGCGCCGCAGACGGCGCAGACGGCGCCGCCGCCGCCGCCGCGGCGCGCACGGGCAUGCAGGCGCUCGCCGCCGCGCCGUGGUUCCCGCACCUGACCACCCUCCGCCUCCACAGGACAGACCUGGAUCGCGUCGGGGACCUCCGCGGCUGCCGGGGCUCCAAGCUGCAGGUGCUUGAGAUUGACAACUGCCUGCUGUGCGACGCCGGCGCGGCGGCGCUGGCGCGGCUGCGGCUGCCGCGGCUGCGGGAGCUGUACAUCGGCCAUGAGCUGACCGGGCACGGCCUGCUCACGCGGCGCGGCGUCGCGGCGCUGCUCGCGGGCUGGGGCGGCCUACAGAGGGUCCAGGAGCUGGACCUGCGCUGCGCGUGCCACCCCCGCAUGAGCGGCGCCGGCGACGGCGUCGUCGCGGCGCUCGCCGCCGCGCCGCUGCCGGCGCUGCGGAGCCUGAACGUGUCGGGCUGCGGGCUGACCGACGCCGCGGUCGGCAACAUCGCGCGCGCGGAAUGGGCGCCGCGGCUCAGAGAGCUCAACCUCGGGCUCAACCGGCGCCUGGGCGACUGCCGCGACCCGAAGCCCUGGCGCCGGCUCGCGCGGGCGGGGCGCCUGCGGGCCAAGCUCAACCUGGACCUGACGGGCUGCUCGCCGCAGCUCGCGCAGGCGCUUUCGAUCGUGGCCGGCGCGAAGUGGUUCAGAUCGCUGGCGUCCCUCCAGAUUCCGCGGCUUCUCGAGGAGGAUCUGGCCGCGCUGCGCGCGAUGAGGGGCGGCUUUGAGUCGCUGGUGCGGCGCGGGCGCGUGAGUGAGGAGAUAUUGCAGUGGGGCGAGUCAGACAUGGACAGCUCGGAGGAGGAGGAGGAGGAAGAGGAGGAGGAAGAGGAGGAGGAGGGGGAGCAGGGGGAAGAAGAGGCGGGCGAGGGCGAUGAGUGA